UGAUGUUUAUAUUUAUGUGAUCGCGCGAAAAAGUAUGAACUCUUGUAAUGUAUUUUAUACAAAGAAUUAGUCAAUUAAAAAUACAAUUUCAUGUUUUUUACAUACCAUUUGUGUCUAAAAUAAAGAAAACGUCGACAUGAAAUGCGUCAUACCCGGGGGAAACGUCAAAAUCUUGGCAAAGGCAAUACAGAUGCUAGCAAAAAUUGGUGACGAGAUGUAUGUGAACCCACAACAAGAAUCUAUUUCCUUUUGCACAGUUAACAUGGCAAAAUCGGCAUACUCCAACUUCACAUUUUACAAAAAUUUUUUCUCUUACUAUACUGUUGAAGAUCUUGAAGAAGAAGAAGAGGCGCAAAAGUGUAAAAUUUCUAUGAUGAGUGCCAUGACUGUUUUCAAAUCGGCACAUAUAUUGGACAAACAAGUGGAAACUUGUCACAUUCAUUUGGAAGUAGAAAAUUGCAAUUUAGUAUUUAUCUUAAAGUAUAAGAAUGGCAUCAAUAAAUCUCAUCUGAUACCUAUUUUGGAUUCUGAGAAGUUGCAAGCUUCAUACGCUAAGGCUGGUAUGACCAAUGAAAUAAUAUGCCAGGCUAGAACAUUGAUGGAUGCUCUGCAAAAUUUUCCACAAAGUCUGAUCGAGAUUACACUUGAAAUAAUGCCAAAUAAACUAUUCCUCAGGAACUUUGUGGAUGAGGCAUCAGUUAUGGCAAAUACCAUGCGAACCCAGCUGGUUCUUGGUGUCCGAGAAUUUGAUCGUUACACAGUGGAUAGUGAGACAAUUAUCACAUUUUGCCUGAAAGAGGUCAGAGCCUUGCUCACUUUUAGCGAGAGCGUCGGUGUCCAUAUUAGUCUAAAUUUUGAGACAGCAGGCAGACCAAUCCUGUUUACAUUAAAGAAUCAAUGUUUUGAGGCAAACUUGUUGUUGUCAACUCUGAUUCCGGAUAGUGACAGUCAGACAGACACGUCGGUUGUCAGUAGGCCGAUGCAAUCUAUCCGAAAAAGGAAUGCUUCCUCAAGAAGUACAUCGAGCCGUGUCAACAAAUCCACGAGGAGAACAAAGAAAUCUGCUGUUGCUGUCAAUUCUGUCGUCGAUAAUGCAACCCAAAACAGAUCAGUGAGAUCAGAAGAGAAAGAUCAAGCGGAUAAAACGUUCAGCGGAGUCGGCAACGACUCCAUGAGAAUCGAUUCCGCGGAAGCGAGUACUUCCAGAAACAAUGCUCGGGAGAGAAAUAUGAGCAAGCCGGAGCAGAGUCGUCCUUCCAAUCCUGCUAGCACAACGUCAUCGCUGAGUGGCAGGAGCAUUUCGAAGGAAAAGCGAAAACUAGUGAACACAGUAUUCUCCAGUAUCACUAAGCGCAAAUCGACGAGCGACGACGAGAAUCACAAGGAGGAGGAAGAGGAGGAUGCAAAUCUGGAAGGAAGCGUGCCAUGUUCGCCGCCGCCGCGUCAGAUAGCUAAAAAAGCCAAGCUGGUAUUUCAAAAAUGCUUCCAGGCUACUUUUGAUCCUCGCAUGUUGUCCGGUCACGAUAUUAUCUUGGUGGAAGACUCUGAUGAGAAUAAUAGUGAUUGAGAUAUUAUCUUUCAAGAUCUGAAAAGUUUUCUAUUUUCAUAGGUUUAACAUAUAAGUGGAAAUUGAAAUGCGAUUGAUUCGCUCAGUAUUAAAAAUACAAUUUUAUAAUAUUAGAUUUUCUGAAAAAUUAAUCACAAUAACGUU